AUGGUCUGGUCUUGGGCCGUUCUCGGUAGCAAGAACGACGUUGCGUCUUACCGGCCUCUCUCCGUCCGAUCGGCACUUCUGCAGUCGCAUGCGCCGCGGUUCUUUGGGGAGAGCGAGAGGUCGCCCUGGCCCGGCAUCACCACCGGCACUGCUAUGGUCGCCCUCGUUACCACCCAUCCACCCACUCCCACCAUCAACCAAUAA